AACAGCCAAAAACGGCGCGUAUUGAACCUGUCAUGGUGAGAAUCUUUACUAAGAUGUUAUUUUUGCGCUGCUGAAAACUUAAGAAGCCAAGGUUCUAUGGAUUCUCCCACUCAGAACACUUCGUUGCAGCGACUUCAAAAUGUGGAGAAGAGAAUAGUUAGGGUUUUGGAGCUGGCGGGAGGUGUCAUGGAUGAACUCGCAAGCCCAACGGGUCCCAGGAAAGAAUUCAUCAACAACCAUUGCCGUGAAUUCAUGAAGAUGAUCAAGGAUAUCCAAGUGACAUUGAGGGAUGAAAUCAAGAGUGCUUGUGAGUACCGCCCAUUUGAGAAGUGUGAUUCUAGUUCAAGGAUAUCGAAUGAAAUCUGUUGCAAGAAACUUGAAUACGUGCUCUCUCAGUUGGAUGCAAUGAAACAAACCAUUGAUGAAUAUCAAGGUGAAGGUGCCAUUUGAAGAUGCAGUGCAAGGAGUUGGAUUGCAUGUGUUUUUUCAGGCAGGAGUUAGACAGGCUGCUUAUUAGCCAGACAAGAUAGACAAGAAGGUUUGUUUUCUUUGGUACCAUGAAAGCUUACUAGGGAAUUGUCUUAAUUAACAGCAUGACAAAGCUGAAUAUUAUGUCAUGUAUGUACUUUCAUUUUAACAAAGUUCUCUAAUUUUCACCUCU